AUGUUUGCGUCUCCAGGUCUAAGAUCUUUCAGGUUACCGAACAGAUCAUUUUAUUACUUCUCCCAUUCUAGUAAGAUCAUUGGUGGCAACUAUUCAUUAUUUUCCAAAAGAUUAUUUUUCAGUGGAAGUCAGAACAAUUUUAAUAAUCAAUAUGGUUCGAACGGUCAGCAAUAUGAUCCAUCGAGUGCAUCUACUAAUCAAUUCACUUACAAGAGUGUAGUUGCAUACCAACCAAAGGAUAGAGACGAUGUUAUCUAUCAAAAAUUGAAGGAUUCAAUUAUGUCACCAACUGGAGAAGAUAAUUUUUUUAUUCAAGCUAACUCUGUAUCCGAUUUGUAUGCAGGUGUGGCUGAUGGUGUUGGUGGUUGGGCUGAGCAUGGAUAUGAUUCGAGUGCUAUCUCUAGAGAAUUAUGUAAGACAAUGGCAGAAAUUAGUUCAACUUUGAACCCUACAAAGAUCCAAUUAACUCCAAAGGAAAUAAUUGACGAGGCUUAUAAAAAAAUUAAAAAUGAUAAAGUCGUUCAAGUUGGUGGAACAACUGCUGUAGCAACUCAUUUUGACGCAAAUGGUACUUUGACUGUAGCCAAUCUUGGAGACUCAUGGUGUGGUGUAUUCAGAAAUGAAAAACUAACAUAUCAAACAAAAUUCCAAACUGUAGGGUUUAAUGCUCCUUAUCAGUUAGCUAUUAUUCCAAACGCAAUGUUAAAGGAGGCUGCAGCAAGAGGUGGUUCUUAUAUUCAAAAUAUACCCUCUGAUGCAGAUGAAUAUUCUUUCCAAUUACAAAAGGAUGAUGUUGUUAUCAUUGCAACUGAUGGUGUCACAGAUAAUAUUGCUACAGAUGAUAUGGAAAUAUUUUUGAAAGAUAAAAAGGUAGAAACUAACACUAACUUACAACAAGUGGCAAACGCUUUUGUUAAGGAUGUAGUGAAAUUAAGUAAGGACCCAAAUUUUCCAAGUGUCUUUGCUCAAGAGAUCUCAAAACUCUAUGGUAAGGAAUAUAGAGGAGGUAAAGAAGAUGAUAUUACGGUAGUUAUGGUUAAAGUAGAAUAG